CGGUUCCAAAGUCACAAAUGAAGCCUUUGAUGACUUGGAUCUUAUCGACGAGCUAAUUGGCGAUGUCGACAGUGCCAACAUACUGACCAGACUAGACGAAAAUGACAACAAGCGCGCUGCCGAAGACGAAGAAUUUAAUCAGAAAGCAUUGCCCCAAUCCGAAGUCGAGGUGGCAUUGCGUAUGGUUAAACAACCAAUAGAUCAAGCCGCCACCGCCUGGAAAAUAGCCCCCUUCCUGACAAACAACCUAAAGCGGGACGGAUUUGCAAACUUCUUUCCUAUUCAAGCAUUGGCGAUUCCAGAUGUAAUUGCGAGUGAGCGUCAUGCAUAUAUUCAAGCACGAGACGUUUGCAUCACGGCACCGACUGGUUCAGGGAAGACGUUGGCUUAUGUGCUACCCGUUCUCAAUUCAUUGGCUAAUCGCAAAAUUCGCAGAUUGCGCGCCCUAGUUGUGCUGCCGAGUCGCGACCUCGCCAAUCAAGUCUUCAAAGUCUUUAAGUCGUUUAUGGAAGGCUCCGAUCUCAAGGUCGGCCUCGCGAUUGGUCAGUCCGACUUUGUGGCAGAACAGAUGGCGAUUUUGGCUUUGCAGGCGUUUGAAGAUGGCAACGACCACGACUUACCGGAAAAAAGAGAUCCGCAAAGCACAAUUGAUGUCCUGGUAUGCACACCAGGACGCUUAGUGGAUCACUUGGACAAUACACCCGGCUUCUCUUUGGAGCAUUUGCGUUUUCUCAUCGUAGAUGAGGCAGAUCGUCUACUCAGUCAAACUUAUCAUAAUUGGAUUGGGCGGGUGAUACAGAGCGCAAAUUCGGGGCGCGGUGGAGUUGUCGGAGACGAUACCGACUUUAACACGAACGAUUCGUACCGUAGCGUCGCUUCUUCCGUUUGCCGACCGGUUCAGUUGCGCAAGUUUCUGGUUUCGGCUACGCUGACUCGUGAUCCGCAAAAAUUGGCCUCCCUCAAGCUUGUGAAUCCCAAGCACUUUGACGUCCAUCAGCUCAGAACCGGCCAUCAGGGGUUCUUCAACACCAACACAAAGAAGUAUUCAAUGCCGGAGGGCCUUCACGAACACACAGUCGAGUGCACCGCGGAGCAAAAGCCUAUCGUUCUUUUAGCGCUUGUGCUGGAUCAGCUUACGCCCCAGCAAUCGCAAUCCAGUAGCAAGCAGAGCGUGAUAGUGUUUACGGCCAGUCUUGAUUCAACCCAUCGUUUAGCUAGGCUCUUACAGCUACUCUGGGUUUCGGCCGGCUACGGCGAGCCCGAUUCAGUUGUGGAAUUCUCUAGCGCCCUCAACCAGCACGAACGAUCGGCGCUCAUGAAGCGCUGUAACGACCCCCAGGACAAAGUCUCCGUCGUAGUAUGUUCGGAUGGCAUGUCCCGCGGUAUGGACAUUGACGCGGUCCGAGCCGUGAUCAACUACGACGUACCAGGUUUGGCCAAAACCUAUGUUCACCGCUGCGGACGGACAGCUCGCGCCGGCAAGGAAGGACACGCAAUCAGCUUACUGAAGGGCGGACAAACGCGACAGUUUGACAAAAUG